CCAGAAUGCAGCGCAUGGCGCGUCAUUGAAGAGAGACCAUGAUGGCGGCGGCGCUGGGGCCCCCAGAAGUGAUCGCUCAGCUGGAGAACGCGGCCAAAGUUCUGAUGGCACCACCUUCCAUGGUUAACACUGAGCAGCGCCAGCAUGCUGAGCAUAUAUUCUUAUCAUUUAGGAAAUCAAAAUCACCAUUUGCAGUUUGCAAGCAUAUUUUGGAAACGAGUAAGGUAGACUACGUCCUCUUUCAAGCUGCCACAGCCGUCAUGGAGGCCGUUGUCCGCGAGUGGAUCCUCCUGGAGAGAGGGAGCGUCGAGUCACUGCGCACAUUCCUCUUAACCUACGUCUUACAGAGGCCUCACCUCCAAAAGUAUGUUCGGGAACAGAUUCUAUUAGCAGUAGCAGUAAUUGUAAAACGAGGAUCAUUAGAUAAAUCAAUUGACUGCAAAAGCAUUUUUCAUGAAGUCAGCCAGUUGAUAAGUAGUGGCAACCCCACUGUGCAAACUCUGGCCUGUUCUAUUCUAACUGCACUAUUGAGUGAAUUCUCAAGUUCAAGUAAAACUAGCAACAUUGGACUGAGUAUGGAGUUCCAUGGCAACUGCAAAAGAGUUUUUCAGGAAGAAGACCUCCGUCAGAUCUUCCUGCUGACGGUGGAAGUCCUGCAGGAAUUCAGCAGGCGGGAGCACCUCAGCGCCCAGAUGUCAUCCGUGUUCCAGCGCUACCUGGCCCUCGCCAACCAAGUCCUGAGCUGGAACUUCCUUCCUCCAAACUUGGGAAGACAUUAUAUAGCCAUGUUUGAGUCCUCGCAAAAUGUGCUCCUGAAGCCCACGGAGUCCUGGCGGGAGGCCCUUCUGGACAGCAGGGUCAUGGAGCUUUUCUUUACCGUACAUCGAAAAAUCAGAGAAGAUUCCGACAUGGCACAAGACUCCCUGCAGUGCCUCGCCCAGUUAGCUUCUCUUCACGGACCCAUCUUCCCCGACGAAGGGUCCCAAGUGGAUUAUCUCGCACACUUCAUUGAGGGCUUACUGAAUACCAUCAAUGGAAUUGAGAUAGAAGAUUCUGAAGCUGUGGGGAUCUCCAGCAUCAUCAGCAACCUGAUAACUGUGUUCCCUCGCAACGUCUUAACCGCCAUUCCAAGCGAGCUCUUCUCGUCCUUUGUGAGCUGCCUGACACACCUCACGUGCUCUUUCGGGCGCAGUGCUGCACUGGAGGAGGUGCUGGAUAAAGACGACAUGGUGUACAUGGAAGCAUACGACAGGCUGCUGGAGUCCUGGCUGACGCUGGUCCAAGACGACAAGCAUUUCCACAAAGGCUUUUUCACCCAACACGCAGUUCAAGUGUUCAAUUCCUACAUUCAGUGCCACCUAGCAGCUCCCGAUGGCACAAGGAAUUUGACUGCCAACGGAGUGGCCUCUCGUGAGGAAGAAGAGAUAAGUGAACUUCAGGAGGAUGAUCGAGACCAGUUUUCAGAUCAACUAGCCAGUGUAGGAAUGCUAGGACGCAUUGCUGCAGAGCACUGUAUACCUCUCCUGACAAGUUUAUUAGAGGAAAGAGUAACGCGGCUCCACGGGCAGUUGCAGCGGCGGCAACAGCAGCUCCUCGCUUCACCUGCUUCAGGCUCUGCCGACAGCAAGGUGCUGGAUGAUCUGUAUGAAGAUAUCCACUGGCUUAUUUUAGUUACAGGCUACCUCUUAGCUGAUGAUACUCAGGGAGAGACUCCGCUAAUACCUCCAGAAAUAAUGGAAUAUUCCAUUAAGCAUUCAUCUGAAGUUGACAUUAAUACAACACUUCAAAUUUUGGGAUCUCCAGGAGAAAAGGCUUCUUCCAUCCCAGGGUACAACAGAACAGAUUCUGUGAUUAGGCUGUUGUCUGCUGUUCUCAGAGUUUCAGAAGUUGAGUCUCGGGCAAUAAGGGCAGAUCUCACGCACCUGCUAAGCCCUCAGAUGGGCAAAGAUAUUGUUUGGUUUCUAAAACGCUGGGCAAAGACUUAUCUCCUGGUGGAUGAGAAACUGUACGAUCAGAUAAGCGUGCCAUUCAGUACAGCAUUUGGAGCAGACACAGAGGGCUCUCAGUGGAUUGUUGGCUACCUCUUGCAGAAGGUCCUCAGCAACCUCUCAGUGUGCAGCAGUGAGCAGGACCUCGCAAAUGACACGGUGCAGCUGCUCGUCACUUUGGUGGAGAGAAGGGAGAGGGCAAACCUGGUGAUCCAGUGCGAAAGCUGGUGGAACCUAGCCAAGCAGUUUGCCAGCCGAAGCCCACCUCUGAACUUCUUGUCCAGCCCCGUGCAGAGGACGCUGAUGAAGGCGCUCGUCUUGGGGGGCUUCGCUCACAUGGACGCAGAGACCAAGCAGCAGUACUGGACAGAGGUUCUUCAGCCUCUUCAGCAGCGAUUCUUAAGAGUGAUAAACCAGGAAAACUUUCCGCAGAUGUGCCAGCAGGAGGAGGUGAAGCAGGAGAUCACUGCCACGCUGGAGGCCCUGUGUGGCAUUGCUGAGGCUACCCAGGUUGACAAUGUAGCCAUCCUUUUUAACUUUUUAAUGGACUUCCUUACCAAUUGCAUUGGAUUGAUGGAAGUUUACAAAAAUACCCCCGAGACUGUCAAUCUCAUCAUAGAAGUUUUUGUUGAAGUUGCACAUAAGCAGAUAUGCUAUCUUGGAGAGUCCAAAGCCAUGAACCUGUACGAGGCGUGCCUCACCCUGCUGCGCGUGUACUCCAGGAACAACGUGGGGCGGCAGCGGGCCGACGCCCCCGCGGAGGAGGAGGAGCAGUACCAGGACCUGCUGCUCAUCAUGGAGCUCCUCACCAACCUCCUGUCCAAGGAGUUCAUAGACUUCAGCGACACAGAUGAAGUGUUUAGGGGUCAGGAGCCUGGGCCAGCAGCAAACAGAUCUGUGUCGGCAGCCGAUGUUGUGUUAUAUGGAGUGAACCUGAUUCUGCCCUUGAUGUCACAGGACCUCUUGAAGUUUCCAACCCUUUGUAAUCAAUACUACAAAUUAAUCACAUUUAUCUGUGAGAUUUUUCCUGAAAAAAUACCACAGCUUCCUGAAGAUCUUUUUAAAAGUCUGAUGUACUCGUUGGAACUAGGAAUGACGUCAAUGAGUUCGGAGGUUUGCCAGCUGUGCCUGGAAGCUUUGACCCCGUUAGCUGAGCAGUGUGCAAAAGCACAGGAGACAGACUCGCCACUUUUCCUGGCAACACGGCACUUUCUCAAGCUGGUGUUUGAUAUGCUGGUUUUGCAAAAGCACAACACGGAGAUGACCACCGCGGCUGGCGAGGCGUUCUACACGCUGGUGUGCUUGCAUCAGGCGGAAUAUUCUGAACUGGUUGAAACAUUACUGUCAAGCCAGCAAGACCCAGUUAUUUACCAGAGAUUAGCAGACGCCUUCAACAAGCUCACUGCAAGCAGCACGCCCCCUGUGCUGGACCGGAAGCAGAAGAUGGCCUUCCUGAAGAGUUUAGAAGAGUUUAUGGCAAAUGUUGGUGGUCUCCUAUGUGUAAAAUAAACAACAGAGCUUUAUGCUUAAUCAGAUCCUUCCUGCAAAGUGCACUGAAUUGCUAACAGUUGACUUGAGUCUUGUCCUUUUUGUCAGUUCGUUGGCCGUUUGGAUUUUGGGAGCCUGGCAGGGCACUGUGUGGUGCAGGGAAGCGUUACCCUCAGUCCGUCGUAGGUCUUGUAGCUUUUGAAUGGUUAUUUCAGAUUCUCAAAAUGAAAUUCCACAUAUGUGCAAAGAGAUAUGGGCACCAUGAAAUACGUAUUCAGUGCCUUUUCCCUCUUUAUCAAAGCAUUAGGUGGCUACCCAAAGUUUAGCGUUUUCAUUAUCAGAUAUCAGCUGGAUAUCUGCUCAUCUGCAUCACUGAGGAGCCGGUUGAAAAGACAGAUUCCUGGGCCCACCUGUAGACAGACCCUCAGAGUCAGCAUUUGUUUGUUGGACCUUGGAUUCUUGGUUUUAAUAAGCGCCUCUCCUCUGCCACCCCUGCAGUUUUCAGUCAGUGCAGAAGGCCGGAAAGCUUCUAGAGGUGUGUGCUUGCCCAGCCCUCCCUUUGAGGAGGGGGAGGUGAUUGGGCAGGGGGAAGGGCACCGCCAGGUGUUUGUGGCUUCCUGUUACCACGCUCUCCCUGUCUGUCUUGUGUCACAGCAGCCUGGUAAUUGCAGGUUUUGUGAACCUACUCUGAUGCCUGAACUUGAGGAGGAAAAUACAUGUAUAUUUUUGUUCCAUAAGAAGAACUUUAGGAACUGUAGCCAUUUCAUUGCCUUAAUUUUAAGAAGAAAUUACAAAAAGCAGAUUUGUUUUAGUAAGAAAUCAAGUCUUGAUGCUUCAGAGUCGGUCUAGGGUGUUAGCUGCUGUGAACGUGGGGCCCUUUUGAUUGUGUGUAUUUAUGUGGUUUUAUGGGUGAAAUGAAAGGCUCAUUCAGAUGUAGUGUAACUUUCUGAGUAUGUUUCUGUCCAGCCACGUAGCCCAUGGCUAAUAAUUUGCUCUGAAUGGCUUGCUUAAGCAAUAACUAUUUUAAAGGGUGUGAAUUACUGAUUCAUAUAGACUCUUACACAUUGGGACAUUAGGACAGUAAUUAUUCUAGAGUGGGUAUUAUACUCAUUUCACAGGAGCCACGUAAAUUUAAUUUAAGAGAUUAAAAAACUCACUUUAGAUCCUGUAGUUUGAUUUUUCUAAUCAGGAUUUUUGUACUGCUGCCAUGCUCCCCUUAACUCUAUGUGCCAGCUUAAAUUAUGGAAACGAAAGCUAACUUAUAAACACCAGGCACGUGACACUGUGCCCACUUCAGUGUCAGAAUCACACAGCACAGUAACAGGCGCGUUCUGAAACUGCGCCUCCGAGGGGCGGGUUUCUCGUCCCGUCCUUAACAUCGUGUGCUCGGCUGGCCUCCGAAUGUGGUGUUAACAGCUGGACUGCACAGAGUGGAUGCGCCUUCCCAUGCACUGCUGCACAGCGGUGAGGGCAGCUCCGUGCUCUUGGCAGUUGCAGUUAACCAGACGGAGCAUCUGAAUUCCAUCCAGCCUGGGCAGGUGCCGCUGGACGCAGAUGAAAGCAAAGCCUAGAGCCCCGGCUUUCUGAGGAACAUUUCUUUUAAUUCGAUCACCAUUGAGUAACCGAGGUGGAGCAAAAAGUCUUAAAAGACAUCUAGGGCAAAACUAGUAUCACUCUUUCUGAAGUGUACGUGUUAUUGUGUUCUUAAACAUACUUUGGACAGUGCAUUUAGUUUUAGAUUUCUUCUUCUUUCCCUUAAAGAACUUGAAGUCAGAGGCAGCGGUAGUCACUUUGUUUGCAUUGUUUCUGGUGUUUCAUGUUUCCCAGCUCCCUAGCGCCCAGCAUUUGUGAGCUAAAUAUGUCCCUGUUCCUUUGCCUAAGGGCACCAAGACACGCAGCCGACUGGAUUGGUCCACUGACUGCGACAAAACUGUAAUCAAGUUGUUAUUGAAAAUAAAGAUGAGUAGGAAAGGAAUGCCAUGGUAAACAAAAAGGGCAUCCGUAUCUAAUAUCUUUUAUCUAGACAGAUGUAUUUGCUGUUUGCCCAGAUUUUAUUACAGUCCUGCAUUUUCAUUAGACCACUUUUAAUUGAAACAAGAUUUUCUUCAGAUUGGACCAAAUAAUACAUAAGGUAUCAUCAGAGUGUUGGUUAGUGGCAAACUGGAAGGAAACGCCACCACCGUUUUUAGGUAGUGGGAAAGGCCACUUAAUUGCAACAGCCAGGCUCUUUUCAGUUGUUCGCAGUUUGUUUUCCUGAUUGGAUAUUUGUUUAGUUUGGGGCUUUUGUUUUAUUUUGUCGAGUUUUGUCUUCAGCUAUGUUUGUUGGCUUUUCAGUUUUGGGGGGUUUUGUUUUAAUGCUCUUGGCCCAGUGGGUGUCAAGAAUACUGGCUUAAUUCUAGUAAAUUGAUUUUUACUGCUAAAACUGUUGUCAAAGGAGUUUUAAAAACGAAAACAUUAUUUGUGCCCCUUUUUAUAUAUGUUAAAGGGACACUGUUGAGUAUUUGAUUUUUUAUAAUGCUGUGUUUUAUAAACUUUCUCUUAUUCAUACACAGUAUCCUAUCACCUCCGUUUUCAGUUCAGUCUUUGCUUGCUUUUAUUUUCCUUGGCCCUUUUAUUUCUGAAGGCACAGUCUCUGCAGACUUUGUACCUUCACAGUUUGUAUUUGUGUGGCAGCACCUGUAACUAAUUCUUGUAGCUCUGUUUGAAGGAUUGGUUUGCAUUUGUGGUCCUGGAUGGGUGGCUGCCUGGGGGGUAGGCCACCUGAGACAGUAUCUGACAGUGUCCUUGCUGCCCCUUCAUCUGUUGGGAGACAGUGGCAUGUAACCAUCACUGCAGUGAGUUUUCAACAGUGUGACCUUUUAUGUAAAAAAGCUUUGUAAUUUUUUUCAAACUGGUUUUAAGAAUUUAGUCUUAUUUCGUUGUAAACCGUGUUUCUAAUUAUAUUAACAUCACUCUGUUCAGAGGAGAUGGUUACUACUAUUUUUUCACAGUUUGCAUUUCAAAACCAAACAUCUCUGUGAUGCUUACCCCAGUCAGCAUUAUUUAACUUCCCUUACUGUCUUUGGUUGAACUUUCUCUUCUACCAAAAAAUGUCAAGUCUUCGUAUUUCUCCUAUCACCAUAUUUCCCAUUUCUGUUAAUACUUGUAUGAACCCCUCAAGUAUUGAAGGGAACAAGUCGUCAGUUUCAAGGAUUUCAAGUUUGAGUAUUUUAAUUUACAGUGUCAGUUGGACCCUUAAAAUACUAUUUUGGUCUGUUACAAUUUUACUUCUUUCCGUUUGCCCUCUGUCACUAGAGGUGUUGCCAUUAGACCUCAGCAGGCUCGCUGUCCCUCACAGGUGAUUAUCAUUGUUAGCUCCUGAAUAAAAUAUUAACUGUUUCGAAACCUCAGUGCUUCUUAGGGGUUUUUCAAAACCAGAGAAUAAGGCACUGAUUUGGAUAUGAGUUCUUAACAUUAUAAUUUUCUGUAAAUUCCUCUAUAAAACAACAUAGCUGAUUUGAGGAUGUAAUAAUGUUUUAAAUGAUUUUAAAAUGUAGGUGGAUAUUCUCUGACUUGGUAAUAACUAUAUUCUGAAAACACUGCAUCUAAGAAUUCUUGAAAAAUUGAUUUUCUAAAAUUUUAAAACGUCCAGCUUUAGGUAUAUUGCUGAGCUCAAAUUAAUUUGCAGUGAGUGCCAUGGUUCACGUUGAACUUUAAACAAUUUAAUUUAGAUGUAAGAAAUGUGAAGUAUUCCUGAUUGAUUAUAAUGGGAACCCAUGACAUAUUUAGCCAAAGACUGUAUUUGGUUCAGGUAAAGAUAAAAGCUUAAUAAUGGGCAUCCAUUCUGUUCUAAAGAGGAUGGAUGAGGUGAUGUGUUUCUGGCCCCUAGCUCUGUACACGUAAGCGUUUGUAAAGGCGGAAACGCGGUGGCGGGGAGGCCCGUGUGUUAGCCCCCCGAGGCUCACACUGCAAACUAUCUUUGUCCCCCUCGUCCUCCGUGGUUUGCUCUUCGCCUGGUCCCAGACUUCCCAGCAGUGGAGAGAUUUUGUUUUUGGCUUUUCUUCUAAGUCUGUUUUCUGAGGCCUCUCAGCUCUUAGGAGCUGUCAGAAUGUACUAACAGCUAAUUUUCCUAGCCUGACAUUCAACACUGCAUCUGCACUAUGUACCUAACGGGGAUGUGACCUCAAGUGUGUCCUGAGCCCGGGCUACCUGGUGUGGUGUCUUUUACCACAUACAAUUAUUGACAGAUUGCAAAGGUUGGUAUUGUGAUUUGGUUCUCUGUACAAAGGAAAAGGCUCCAUGCAGUGAGUUUCUGGUUUAAUGGUCACAAAAUGUUAGCACUGCUACCAUUCAGCACGUGUAAAAUUUUUUAAAUUUAUAAAUAUUAAAAUUUUAAACUUAUACUGACUUUUCAGUUUUUUUAAGAGACCCAGGGAUGAGUAUACUGUUUAAAUAUUUACCUCUAUUAACAUUAUUAAUAAAGGUAUAAAGUUGCAUUUAAUUUUUCAAAAGAUGCUACAAUACGAUUUUAGGAAAUAAGGCCAUGUACUGAGCCAGUUACAAGCUGAAUAUAAAAUUUUAUUUGUAUUUUUUAAUCCAUAAAUGGGAGUUAAAAUAUGUCUUUUCACUAAAUAUUUUUAUGACAUUUUUGUUUUGACCAUGUGUGAUUUGUUCAUGGGUGUCUAGCUAGACUGUUGCAUGAAACUUAUUGAAUGGUGCUAUAGUUCAUUUACCAGCCUAGGGUGACUGACACUGGGGACGUUACACAAUCAGAAUAAUUUUAAAUAAAAAACAUGAGGACAUAUCUGCACAGGUAAAAUAGGGAUUUGCAUUACCUUCUGGGAGAACACCCAACCCUAAUAGAAUCUCCAGAAUUCAGAAAGAAAAUCGAAGUUUCGUUUAUAUUCUGUAAUAUUGAGCAUAUUUAUUUUUAUCUCAGCUCACAAUCUUAGAAACAAUUUCAGAGUUAUUAGUUAAAUCAUUGGAUUCGGGGCAUAUUUGUAGUAAAUGUAGUUCGGGUCAUUCUUUUUGGCCUUUCAGGGCAAGUGGAAAAGUACCAUUCUUCUGUGUGUCAGACAGACUUUCCUUUUUACCUAAUUCUAAACCUUGUAAACAUAUGCAGUGAAAAGUUAACUUUUUUAAGGAAGAAAAUGCGUUUUGAAAAUAUAUUUAUUUUAAACUUUA